CAAACACAACAGAAAGGGAGAUACACUGAGUCGGAUAUAUUCUGAUGUCUCUUCUUUGUUAACCUCAUUGAAUCCAGGUGUACUAGGUGCAGACAUGGCUGGGUUACCUCCGGGAGACCCUCAGCUGGUGUCCAUGAUCGUCAACCAUUUAAAGACUCAGGGUCUCUUCGACCAGUUCAGGAGGGACUGUCUGGCAGACGUCGACACGAAGCCAGCUUACUUGAACCUGAAACAAAGAGUGGACAACUUCGUCUCUAAUCACCUUUCUAACCACACAUGGAGCCCUCAUCUGAACAAAAACCAGCUAAGAAACAACAUCAGACAGCUUGUGCUGCAAUCUGGGAUGCUGGAGCAGGGAGUGGACAGGAUCGUGGCCCAGGUGGUGGAUCCCAAAAUCAACCACAUCUUCAGGCCACAGGUGGAGAGGGUGGUCCGUGAAUUUCUGUCACCUGGCAGCUGUGCUGAAGAGCCACCGGCCCCGAAGCCUUUAAUAGAGACCAAACCAGACAGCAGCAUUCCAGAGCAAGCCUCGUCGUCUGCUCCAGCGACCACCUCAGCCAACGACGCCAUGUCCAUCCUUGACACCAUAACCUCUCUCAACCAGGAGGCUAGCGUCAGAGCAAGCUCAGGCACAGAGAAAGGACGCAGAGGCCAAGCUUCAGACGAGCCCAUGCAGCUAGUUGAGGACGGCGAGCAGGACAUGAGUCUUGAUGAGGAAGGAGACAACCACCAUGACGGGAGGUCAAUGGAAGAGGCAGAGGAAGCAAAGCUGGCAUCAGAGGUCCAGGCAUUAGAUGUGAAGACCGAAGACACGCAGGAUCAGAUGGAAGUGGGAAAAGAUAGAUUCACAGAGGAUGUAAAGACGGAAGAGGAAGAGUCAGGAGCUCAAGAACGCACAGAGGAGGAGAAAGACAAAGCUGCCAACAAAACAACUGGGAAACCGUCAGAGGAGAAGCAGGAUGAUGAUUUACUCAAAUCUACCACUCAGGCCAAGCAGAAAGCCAGAGAGAGGAUAAAGGAAGAAUACUCUCUGGAGGACUCUGACCUGGAAGGCCUGAGUGACAUUACAGUGAGCUCUGUCCACACCAGCGACCUGUCGUCAUUUGAGGAGGAAAGUGAAGAUGACGAGCUGCUGUCUGAUUCUUCUGAAGAGGGAGAGCUUCCACCAGACGGUGAGGGAUCAGAACAGAGAGAAGCCAGCGGAGACCAAGGAGAAGAAGACAAAGAGCGUAAACCCCGGCGCAAGGCCUACGUUCACAAGCCCUUCCUCUACUCCCGUUACUAUAGUGACUCAGAUGAUGAAAUCACUGUGGAGGAGCGUCGUAGAUCUGCUGCAAAGGACAAAGAGGAAAGGCUGCACAAGAGACAGCAGAACAGAGAACGAAUGGAAGAGAAGCGCAAGCAGAAAGCAGCACAGGCUGAAGAACAAGAUCAGAAAAAACAAAGGAGUGGAGACUCCACUGGGCUGGAGGGUCCCAGGGCCAAAGAGGCUCGCAAGGAAAAGAAAGUUCUGGAGAAGAAAAUGGCUCUCAACAGGAAGAGGAAGCUUUACUCAAGGAAAGAGGGAGAUGUUUCAAGCAAGAAGAAAGGAGAUACAGGAGAAGGAUAUAGAAAGGCAGAAGUGAAAUCCACAGCAUCGAAGAACCCCCAACAGAAGCUGAUGAGAAAUCUGUCAGAAUCAGUAUCGUCUGACGAAAGGCAUCGAAGGAUGAGCGGCGGCGUCUCAGAGGAUUCCAGUGACACCAAAAAGCUGUCUGACAAAGGUCGGACACACUCCUUCAUCUUGGAGUUGGAGCAAGGUUCCCAAGAAGCUCUCAGGCAACGUUCGGUUGGAAAAUUCGACCGGUCAUCCCGCAAAGAACUUCAUUCUAAAGAAAGAAAAGAGAAAGAGCGCAGUUUGUCAGAUGAACGUGCCAAACUCAAACUAAAGCCGGAGAAAAAAUCUGAACAUCAGGCAGACGAAUCUCAGCAGAAGGAAAGUGCCACAGGUAAAGUGUCCUCUGAAGAGAAAGGUGAGAAGAAGCCUAAGGUCAAAAGUGAGAAGAAAAUGACAGGAAGUUCAAGAGAAGGAAAACCAUCUGUGUCUGAAGGUGUUGUUGAAGAGGGUCCUAAAGAUGUUACAGCCAAGAAGAUGAAAGCUCCGUCAGUGGAGGCUGCCAAAGCAGAGAAGGACAAGGAGAAAGAAAAAGACAAAAUUAGAGAGAAGGACAAAGAGAAAGAUAAGGUCAAAGAAAAGGAAAAGGCCAAGGGAGAGAAAACUUCAGCCAAAAGUGAUUUCAAGCAGCUGCUCCGCCCUGAUUCAGCUGGCUCCUCUGAGGAUCGUUCUGACAUGGAGCCCGGCUCAGACGGCAGCAAGAAGAAAGAUAAACACGCCAAGGAAGUCCUGAAGAGGUCAAAGAGCCACACUGAAGACAGGCAAGGAGACAAACCCAAAUCCAAACAAGAAAGUAAAGACAUUGAGAAAGAGAAGACUAAAGCUGACCAGGAUAGCCAGAAAACGAGUAAAUCCAGCUCUGAAACUGACAAAGAUCCAAAGAAAGUCAAGCCAACAGAAAAAGGAAAAAUCGUGGAAAAAUCCAAAUCCAAAUCUAAAGAAGAGACAAAGACUCCACUGUUAUCAAAGACAGACAAGAAAGUUCAGAGUUUAGAAGUCAAAAGUACAGGAGGAGCACCUGUCAGCAAACCUGAGACAGCGAAGGAGAAGAAAAAAGAGGGAACUGUGAAGGAACAGCAAAAAGUCUCUGAAGAAGCUCUCCAAGAGAAAUCUGAGAGUAAGAGUGCAAAGAAAAAACUGGACAAGAAGGAUAAAGUCCCAGAAAAGAAAGAUGACACCCAAGAGGAGAAGAAAGCAUCCAGAGAAGACAAAGUGGAAAAGUCUGAUAAGUCUUCCAAGUCUUCGGUUUCCUCUCCGAGUCUCGAAACUGAGGAGCAGCCAAAGAAACCAUCUCUAAUCCAAGACACUAGCACAGACUCUGAACCUGUCACCACCACUGUCACCACCUCGUUUUCUGACGAUACCUGCGAUGCACUGAGUGACAUCACGCCUGAACCAUCUGAAGGCGAGACAGAAUCGCGAGAGCUGCCAGCUGUGCCGGUCGAGGCUGAUGCUCUGCUGACUCUAAUGGACGUUUGCACAUCGGCGGACGCUAGACUUCCACCGGACGCACCUCCCGAGAUGACGCUUCAGGAGGCUGAUAUGAAGAUGAAAGAAGCAGCUCUGACUCUGCUCUCCAUGGACCCUGACAGCGCAGUGUCUUCCAGCUUUAUCGGGCAAGACACAAAGGAAGAACCAGAGGUAACUCCACCUGCUCCACAACCGCUGGAAACCUCUACAGCUGAAGAGAAGGAGCAGAAUCCUCCCACGAAUGUGCAGACAGCCGCUCAGCCGUCGCCCACUGUGCCUCAAGAAACUGUUGAGCUUGCUGAUGAAAAACAAAACACUGCAGACAAUUCUGAAACCAUGAAGAGAGAAAUGGAUGAGUCAAAGGUGGAGACCUCUGGUGUGCUUGCUCCACAGGAGGCUGACACUACCUCAAAUGAACAACAAUCUCCUUCACAUGAGGAAGAAGCUAAAGGAGCAGAGAUCACUCCUGAAACACAGCCAGAUGAGGCGUUGGCACCACCUGCUGACAAAGAUGUCGCUGACGCUGUUUUCGAUGGAAACACAGAGGAAAGCACAGAGAUUGUUGCUUCUAACGCACAUGAUGCUGAACAAAUUUCAGAAACAUCCAGUAAACAAGAGCAAACUGAGCCAGAUGUUUCAGACGCAAAGACGUGUCCCAAGGCAGACGAGGCAGCAGCUGAGGACAACCAGGCCAAGACAGACAUAGACAACAGUGAAGUUGAGAUUAAAGCUCAGGAGGUAGAAAAUGUUGCAGAGGAGAAGAGUGAUCCACAAACUAUGGAAGCCAGCACUCCAGAGAAGACAGAGGAGGUCAGAGAAAAAGAGCCACAGACUGAGUCCAAACUGGUUAAACAAAUCAGUUACGUGUCCAGCGCAGACAGCCAGGAAGAUGAGAUGGGAUCAGAUGUGUCAGAAAAGGAAGAGAAGACGGAGGGAAGAGGAGGACGUAAACGAAAACUGUCCAGUCAGAAAGUUGCAGCAGUGAAAGAAUCUGGUGAAGAUAAAGAUGAAAAGGAAAGUCAAGAUCAACCAUCUACUGAGGAAACCGAUCAAGAGCAGGUUGCAGAAGUCAAAACGCCGCGCAGAGGACGAUCAUCCAGAUGCACAGAAGAGGUGGAGAAGGACCAACCUCAACAACCUGAGAAGCUGGAGGAGACUCCGAGCCGCAGAGGAAGACGUUCAGGAGCAACAGCAAAAGAAAACCCUGCUGAUGAUCAUAAGAAAGAUGAGAAUAAAGACGAGGAGAAGGCCAAAUCCUUGUCUGAGAAAGAAGAGGGAACUGAAGAGGAAAGUGGGCCAAAGAAAAGUGGUCGGCGAGGAAGUCAGACCAGUCUGCCGUCUCCAGCUGCAGAGGACAGAGAAGGUGAACCAGUGAUGAAGAAGACGAGGUCAGAGGAAGUGGCGGAAUCUAUGGAGGAAACCCAGUCUGAAGAGGAGGCGAAGAAAGACACCAGUGAGCAAGAACAAAGCGAGCAACAACCUGACAAAGACAGCGGUUCUUCCCCGUCAGUGAGCCAGUCAGAUGGACUAGAAGAGGUGAAAGAGGAGAGUUGCAGUGAGAAGAAACCGAAUGAUGAUGAGGAGGAGCAACAGCAAGAGGACCAAGAGACAACUCCAAAGAGACCUGCUCGAAGGGGACGGCCCUCAAAGGCAGCAGUGCCCGCAGAUGAUUUAGAUAAAAAUGACAAGAAGCCAGAAGAAAAAGAAGGCGAGCAGAAUGAGGAAGAGGAGGAAGAUGACGAUGAGGAAGGAAAAGGACCUGCGCCCAGAGCUACCACGCGGUCAGCUUCUCGCCUGGAGGCUGAAAGAAACAAGCCAAGCAAACCCUCCACCCGGGCAAGUCGACAGAACGGUAAAGAGGAGACCGCAGCUGGCACGCGCGGGUCGAGGGGCCAGGCAGCGGCAGCGAAGGGGGGCCGUAAACGGGAGGCCAGCCCCCCUGCGGUGCGAACGCGGGGAGGACAGAAAUCAGAGGAGCCCCCUUCCAAGAGAGCCAAACGCUAAAAUCUUUGAGAGUUCGCCCCAACAGUGUUUUUUUUAUUCACUCCAUAUUCAAGUGAGAACACCGCAGUUUUGUUGUCGAGGGUCAGAGAGUCUCUGCAGUCAAGUUAGCACAUAGAUCUGUUUCUGCUUCAUAGGCUGGAGAUAUUGAAAAGCUCUGGAUAGUAUUAUACACUUUCCUCUCGUGGUUGAGUCUAAACCUGAGGAUCUGUGCAGGAAUCCCUCAGAAUACCUUCUACUGCACUACGCCCAUAUGGUUUGGAUCAGACUUCAUCAUUCCUUCGUUUAUUUAGUAAUGCCCACUGAACCAGAGUGUUUCAGGCCAAUCAAAGGCCUAAUGUUGUAGUCGAGUCGUGCUUUGAGAUAAAGAGGGUGAAUUGAAAUGAGCUGUCAGUCAAGAAACCUGAUUGUGUCUCGGUGUGUGCAGAGACUGUUGCACCUCCACAGACGUCACUGUAACACAUGAAAUGUUAUCUGACUGGAUUUAAAUCUACACACUUGUACAUAGAAAUCCCAGUGAAGUGCCUUUCACUGUGAAUUUUUAUUAUUGAAUAUUCAUUCUGUGAAUGACAGGAGGAGUUUUCCUCCCCACUUUUUAAAGGUUUUUUUUAUACAAAAUACUUAAAAGUUAAGGGAAGUUUUGUAAUGCGUCUGUUAAAACAGCAGAGCAGUAUUAGUCACUGACAGGGAAAACAUGAUAGUUUGUCUCUAUAAACUGAAUCUUCCUCAUGAUGUAUUUGCAACAAUGCCUGCUGCUGUUUACUGUAGUAAUGUUUUAUUAAAAUGGAGGUAAUGUAGUUAUUUGUAUUGCUUUACAGUAUAUAAAUUGAAUGGUGUUAGAUAUCUUGCAUAC